AUGUACAAAUUUAUCCUCCAUCUUCUUACAGUCGGACUACUGGCCUUACAAAUCUCAGCAAUCCCAACAAACCCACAAAACAACAUAUUCACUCACCAAAAAGCACCAUCUACCUUAUCGGCGCCAUCUUCUUCAAUAGCAAUAGCAGCGAUUCAGCUUGAAAAGCUAGCUAAAAUCGCCCUCGAGGUCACAAGUGAAAACAUAGCAAACCCCAUUCACAAAAGCGCAUUGAACAAAGAUCAAGAAUGUACAAAGAACAACCUACACGUUCGUCGUAACUGGAGAUCAUUCUCCUCAGUACAAAAGAAGAAGUAUAUCAAUUCUGUUCUUUGUCUGCAAAGCAAACCGGCGCGGACACCAUCCCAUUUAGCCCCGGGGGCUAAGACACGAUAUGAUGAUUUUGUGGCUACUCAUAUCAAUCAAACAUUAGGGAUCCAUUUCACGGGUACAUUCCUAGCCUGGCAUCGAUAUUUCAUUUACGAGUUCGAGCAAGCUCUUCGUAAUGAAUGCGGCUAUGUCGGCGACUAUCCAUACUGGGACUGGGGAGCCGACACCUCCGCAAUGGAAAAGUCCCCCGUUUUCGACGGCUCCUCAACAUCACUAUCAGGAAAUGGCGCCUACAUCCCUAACGAAGGCAACAUAAUCCUCUCACUAGGCUCCUACGCCCCAGUCAUUCUCCCCCGAGGAACCGGCGGAGGCUGCAUAACAAGCGGCCCCUUCAAAAACUACAAACUCCAUCUCGGCCCCGCAGCUCUAUCCCUACCAGGCGGAAACAUGAGCAUCGCAAGCAACCCCCUAAACUACAAUCCUCGAUGUCUAAAACGAGAUCUCACAUCUGCACUACUCCAAUCAUACGCAAACUACACCUCAAUUGUAUCGCUUAUCCUGGAGAACAAUGAUAUCUGGGACUUCGAGAUGGUUAUGCAAGGUGUACCGGGUAGUGGUGCAAUCGGUGUUCAUGGUGGAGGACACUAUUCCAUGGGCGGAGAUCCAGGUCGCGAUGUAUAUGUUAGUCCUGGGGAUCCUGCAUUCUGGCUCCAUCAUGGUAUGAUUGAUCGUGUUUGGUGGAUAUGGCAGAAUCUUGAUUUGGAAAGGAGACAGAAUGCUAUUUCGGGCACGGGGACGUUUUUGAAUGAGCCGCCUUCUGGGAAUACUACGCUUGACACGAUAGUUGAUGUUGGAUAUGCGAAUGGGAGACCUAUUGCGAUGAAGGAGCUUAUGAGCACUACUGCUGGACCAUUUUGUUAUGUAUAUGUGUGA